AUGGCCUCUCCAAUCCUCUCACAUCCUCGCGCUCGUCCCACCCUGGUGACACCCUCAACCUUCACCCAGGACAUCUCGCGUGCCAUCCUCGCCUCCGCCGAGGGCCCCAAAUCCAUUCACGUCGACUCGAAUCCGCACGCCGCGCUGGAGUAUCCCCCUCCUCCUCCCCCGUCUCCCGUUGAGUCCAGAUCCCCGCAUUGCUACUGGGGUUUGGACGGGAAGCGGGCUUGA